AUGGUGGAUAUUAUUUUUCCCUGUCCUUUUCUAGGUGCUAUGGGGGAUCUCUCCAAGAAGAAGCCCGGGACGGCCAUGUGCGUGGGCUGCGGGAGUCAGAUCCACGACCAGUUCAUCCUCCGCGUGUCGCCCGACCUGGAGUGGCACGCCGCCUGCCUCAAGUGCGCCGAGUGCAGCGAGUACCUGGACGAGACCUGCACGUGCUUCGUGAGAGACGGAAAAACCUACUGCAAGCGGGACUACGCCAGGCCGCGUGUGCCCUCCACCCCCGCGCCCCGGCCCCAUCCCGACACUCCAGGAUCGGCCCCGGAGCGAGCUCCGCACCGCCGGGCAGGGCCUCCCGCAGGCCCGGAAACUCGCAGCUUUCUUCCCAAGGGCUCCACCGGGGCGGGGCGCAUGGGGGAGCCCGGGGCAGCCCAGAGCUCAGCUUCCCGAGCACCCCCAGUUUACAAUCGGACCGGAGAGGAGCCGCCCGGCCUGGCAGCCGGGGCGACCAGGGGAAAUGCGCCCCUCUUCCCUGCGGAAGGCGGCGGCGGAGACGCACAAUGGCGACAUCGAAUAGAAAAGAGAAACGAAAUGGGGCCCCGGGCGGAUCGGCCGGUCUUGGGGAGGAGGGGGAGAGCUGGGUGCAGUGCGUCGGCUCACCUGCGGGCCCCCCGCCCCGCUCCCCGCCCCGCAGAGCCCGGGCCCGGCCGCCAGCCCUCGCUGCGCCCGCACGUGCACAAGCAGGCGGAGAAGACGACCCGCGUGCGCACCGUGCUCAACGAGAAGCAGCUGCACACGCUGCGGACCUGCUACGCCGCCAACCCGCGGCCCGACGCGCUCAUGAAGGAGCAGCUGGUGGAGAUGACCGGCCUGAGCCCGCGGGUCAUCCGCGUCUGGUUCCAGAACAAGCGCUGCAAAGACAAGAAGAAGUCCAUCCUCAUGAAGCAGCUGCAGCAGCAGCAGCACAGCGACAAGACGAGCCUGCAGGGCCUGACCGGGACCCCGCUGGUGGCCGGGAGCCCCAUCCGCCACGACAGCGCGGUGCAGGGCAGCGCCGUGGAGGUGCAGACCUACCAGCCGCCCUGGAAAGCGCUCAGCGAGUUCGCGCUGCAGAGCGACCUGGACCAGCCCGCCUUCCAGCAGCUGGUGUCCUUCUCCGAGUCCGGCUCCCUGGGCAACUCGUCCGGCAGCGACGUGACCUCGCUGUCCUCGCAGCUCCCGGACACCCCCAACAGCAUGGUGCCCAGCCCCGUGGAGACGUGA